AUGCUCAGUCAGCUCAGCACGGGGAGUCUGCUGAAGACUGGACGCACAACUACGGAAUCUGGCGGGGAGUUCCAGCGCCUGCACCGCUGCCGCCACUGCCCCAAGUGGUUCCUGGAGAGUGCCGACCUGACCUCCCACCUCCAGUCCCACACGAGCGAACGCCCAUUCCCUUGCGACCGCUGCCGGGCCACCUUCACGGACAAGCGCACCCUCACCGUCCACCUCCGUACCCACACCGGCGAACGGCCCUACCGAUGCGAGCAGUGCCCCAAGGCCUUCACGCAGCUCUCGAUCCUGCAGAGGCACCGGCGACUGCACACGGGCGAGAGGCCGUUUCAGUGUCCCAUGUGUCCCACGACGUUCACGGCGAAGCAUCACCUGGAUUAUCACCUCCGAACGCACACCGGGGAGCGGCCGUACGCGUGCGAGCUGUGCGCCAGGAAGUUCACCACCCGCUCAGCACUCACGGCGCAUAGGAAAUCGGAGCGCUCCCGCUGCCUCGUAGACCCCAGUGUAGUCUGAACGAACGAGCCACCCUCGUAGCUCGAGUCGUCGACGUGGUCCUGACCGGAUUGAACCUGGUAAUCCGCCCUGGCAGGCCUGCACUCUCGCGUCUGUGACGGCGUGGGUUCUCAAACUGGGUCCCCAGGAACCCGUGGUUCCCUAGAAUGUAUAUCUUUAGGGGUUCUCCAGAGCGCUUUUAGGGGUUCUUCAAUAUCUCCAGAGGUUCCCUAGUGUGCCUUCAGGGGUUCCCCAAGGUCCCCAGAGGCUCCCUAACAUCCAGUGAUGUUGUCGGUCCGAGUCAUUUUGGAGUUCUUAGGGCCGCUUCAGACAAAGCAAUUUGGCCUAGCAACUUGACGUCGCAACACUAGCAACACAGGCUGCCCCCAUUCACAAGCAGCAACCAAUUGCUGCAAUUUGCCAUCAUCAUCAUUAAAUUUGAUUUUUCUUGCACUAUUUAGAAAACAUAGUUACAUGCCAUAAACAUGUUUUUAUGCAUUUAAAUCUUGUUGACAAUACUAAUGCAUCUUUCUGAAACAGUUUAUUUCCAAUAACGAUCAAUUUCAAACCAGAACCAGGUCUUUAGUUGUCAUCAUCAGCGGCACGGGGCUUCAAGUGAAAGUAUCGCGUCCCUGAUUGGCCUACUGUUGCGUCAAACAUCUUAGAAUUGUUCAGAGUUGCUCGCUUGUUUCAAGCCAAACCCGAUCUCAGCAAUUUGUAUCGAUCUAGGGAAAGCUAGCAAACAACCUGCCAGCAACACCAUAAUUGCUGAGGCUGAGACAGAGCACUUUCACCCAGCAACUUGACGUCGCAACACCAGCAACACGGGCCGCCCGCGUUCACACGCAACAACCGAAUUGCUACAAUUUGCCAUCAUCAUCAUUCAAUUUGAUCUUUCUUGCACUAUUUAGACGCACAGCUAUGCGCUAAAAAUGUGUUUUUAUAUCUUUCAGUGGUGUUGAGAAUACUAACUCAUCUUUCUGAAAAGGUUUACUUCCAAAACCGAUCCAUUUCAAACCAGAACCGAGUCUUUAGCUGUCAUCAUCACCACCACAGGAGUGUCACGUGAAAAUAUUGCAUCCCUGAUUGGCUGCAGCCGCUUCAAACGUCUUCGAAUUGUUCAGAGUUGCUCGCUUGUUUUGAGCCAGACCCGAUCUCUGCAAUUCAUGUCGAUUUAGGGAAAGCUGGGGAACAACCCGCCAGCAACACCAAAAUUGCUGGAAAGGUUGCCUCGUCUGAAGCGGGCCCGAGAAAGUUGCUCCGUCUGAAGUAGCAGCCAAAAAUCAAUUUUGGAGCAGCAAAAUAAAUGUUUCGAGCAUGAGCGCACAUAUAAUUUUCGUUUGUACCAAUGGAAAUAUGUUAAGAUUCAUCUGUCAGCCUGUCCCACUAAAAGGCAAUGUCUACUUUGCCUUUUCACUUAUGUGUAACCCUUUGUUAGCAUAAAUUGCACAACAGGAGCGAUUCCCUCGAACACAGAACUAGUGUUCAGUUGUGUGGAGAAGCACCAGACACGGUAACAAGAAGAAGACCGAUGAGGGACAGCAGACACUGUUGUGAAUGGUUAUUUUAGGUGAUGAAUUCCACUGAAAUAAUAAUAGAAUACAAUGAUUUUGAUCACCUAAAUUUAUGAUUCCUCCAAGUUCCAGAGGUUGUGAUUAACUGCAAGUUAUUGUUCAGAUAAAAAACAAAGCACUCGUCAUUUGUGUCAAUGUCAAUUACAUUUUUGUAUGUAGAAAUUCAUAACAAAAAUGGGCAUGUGCACUAACAAUAUGCCUUUUUGAAAACAUGCCCACCGAACUCGUUAAUGUUCUUCCCAAGCUUCCAUCCACUGCUCCUGUCAAUUUAGUUCUAAUUUAUAAUACCUAUAUAAACGUGAUAACUAAACAAAGGAGUUGGCAUAGAAAUAAGCCUACAAAAGAGUGCAUAUAACUAUUCUUGCAAUACCAAAGUAUCCUUGGUAAAUUCUAAAUUGAAAGGAGGUACCGCCAGGAUAUCACAUUCUAUCAUUCAAGCCAAAGUUGUACAUAUUCAGAAAUUGUGUCGUGUCUCACCCUGGAGGAGUGCUUUUCCGUUAGCAAGCGGGUGCGCUGCGGCGAAGCAAGACACACAAAAUUGCAAUGCCUAAUUUGCGAUUGUUGCUUCUCUGCAGUACACCAGUGCACGGUGAGAAGCGCACUCAACAAAACUAACUAAUCCUAAGAACAGACCACGAAGACGAGAAUAAUUGUGAAACUUCCGAGUACUGUUACUUUUUGAUACGAAAUUCAAUCAAAUAAUAUGUUUCUUGAGGCGAUAAUUAAGGGUUCUAAAAACUCACGUAACUAUACAGUAACGAUCCGGCAAGGUAGCGAGGCCUGAGCUAUUAUACGUUCAGUAUUAUUAAAGUGAAAUUAAGUUUUGGGGCAAUGUUGCUAAAAAUUCCUCACAUUUUGGUCAAAUAUAGCAGGUUGUAGCAGGGUAGGCACUUGGGCACAGUUUGGUGCCAGUGGCGCAGCAAUCGCAUCACUGAGCAUCCCUCAAGGGUUCCCAAUACCCUUGGGAUUCCCAAAGGGCCCCGAGGUUCCCUAAAUACCUUAAGGGUAACCAACUAUCUCUAGAGGUUCCCUAGGGUAUCCUCAGGGAGUCCUUAGAGUACCUUCAGGGGUCCCCCAAGGAACCCAGAGGUUAGAGUGCCCUUGGAAAUUCCCCAAAGUCCCAAAUUUCCUCAGCCAUCCCUCUCCCCAAGUAAGACGUUCUUCCAGAGCCAUUCGUUGAUGCAUAAAUGUUGUGUCAAACACUUGCUAUAGUAACUGUGUUACUGUUUACGAGGUCUGUAGGCUUCUGCACUGCUGUAUUGCAUCACUGUCGAGGCCUAGAGACAUUUCUUGACUGUCAGUGAAGAGAGGUAGGUGUUCUGCUUGAUCGAAAAUAUUUUGGGGAACCCCUGUGGCGAAAUUUUGGUGGUGCAACCUGGUUUUCGCCAAUCUGCAACUAGCCGUUUGUUUGUGCGUUCCAGAAUUCAGUGCUCUUAUUGAUUCAAAUAAAAACAGUGAAACAA